AUGUCACGUCGGAACGUGCCGUAUCGCAAAGCCUUCAAGCACAUGGAUAUCCACGACAGUGCUAGCAAACCGUUCGCGCAGACCUGGCCGAUGCUCAUUCCCGGAUGCAUGCUACCACAGAUGCUCCAUCUACAACUCUAUGACCUCGACUGGACGACUACUAUCAAGCCACAUGAUACUUUCUUCAUUCACCUAUCAUCUUACACCAGCAUCAAAUAUUUGACGCUUCACCACUGUCGCUUUCAUGGUGCAACGGAUCUUCGUAGGAUGAUCAGUGCUCUUCCAAACCUUCAGUUUCUGUCGCUCUUGGAAGUUACACUGCAGCACUCCCUCAUGCCAGACUUGGCCCGACCCCGUUACCUGACUACCCAUCACCGUACGCUCGAGUCGAUCCAGAUCAUUGCUGCGACUCAUUCCACCUUCUCCGACAUCUGCGGUCCUGAACACAUGGAUAUCGUGUUUCGAAACAUGUUGCACCUAAUCGCGUGGUACUCAUCUAUCACCAGUCUCGUCAUAGAUCUGCAGUUCUUCCCUUCGCUGCUGCAUCUUGAAGAAUAUCUACUUCAUUACCCCUGCCUUUCUUCCCUGGGAGUCUCUGGCGACUACGGCUCGAGUCUGGACUCCGAGUCCGCACCCGAAGACGUAGUGCCAACGCACGCGGAGAAAUCACCCAACUGCGCAAGCUCGAGAUUAAUCUGGCAGGGAGGUGGAAAACUGCAGAAAUCCCAGCAUGUACGAGCCGCGUGCUCCGUCUGUGCGGGCGUGGGCUUGAAGAGUUCCAUUGGCAAUGCGGCAAAGGUUAUUCUUACUCCUGCUAUCCAAUCAUUUGGACUCGCGCCAUCACUCGCAAAUAAUACAUCUCUGCGGCGAUUAAGCAUGUUAUUCGAUGAAGUUAUCCCGUCGUCGCAGGGAAUCCAACGGAUCCUCAGUAGCAUGCUCUCGGACAUCACGAGCAUACAUCUGCAGCAUCUAAUCUGCUUCAUCCUCAUAGCUAACCGCGACAUGCUCCCCCAAUCCGACGAAACGCCACUCGCGGUGACAGACAGCAUCGACUCCAUCUCUACUUUUCACGCCAUUCUCUCUAGCACAACGUUCGACGGACUCCCGGUCUGCACUUCAAACACGGGCGUACAUAUUCACUUCCACAUGGAGGAGAUAUGGGACAAACCCGCUAUGAUGUCCGCGCUCAAAACCCACAUGAUCGCUCUGUUCGCGCCGUGGUUGGAUCGCCGAAUAGUUGAACUGCAGUUCGUGUCGGGCGGCACCAGCUGGCAACUUGUUAGAACCGUUCCCACAUCUGAUCCACGGUGCACGUAUGAUCUGGUCAAUGUACUCAUCGCCUCAUAG